CAUCUAGUCUGAAAGAUGUUUGGUCUCCAAAGUUGACAAGAGAAGACCGGAUGCAGUACUUCAAUAAUGAGCCUGCUGGUCGAGAAUCUCAUCAGUGGGCCGAACUUCAGAAUUGUAAUGGUUUUGAUUCUUUUGCACUUCCCUGCAAUUUCUCCACCUGUAAUGGAGAGGCCGACAUGUAUUCUCCUCAAGAUCUCCCUCGCCCCCCAGGCCUGAGCACACCCCCAGCAUUAAGCUCUAGCCUCUACCAGACCGGGCCUGGUAAACUGGACUAUAUUACACCCGAGAAGGAGGAAGGAUACCACAGCACCACUAAUUGCCUGUCUGAUUAUAUAAACUCAGUCAACUCAACUCCAUCACUCAACUCCUGCUGCCCUCCACAAACAAUGGAUGACUCCUAUUUCAGUUCAUCUCAUGAAUUUUCAUCUCUGAGCAAAGAUAAACCGAGAAACACCCAGUCGUUCUCUGUGCAGGAUAUCAGUAAACUGGCCUUUCUCUUGGCAGAGCAGGAUAUGAACUAUUGCAGAGAAUCCACCCAGAAUGGUUUUUUAGCACAGAGGAAUCUUGAGGAAAUCAUGGCAGAGCAGAAGAGUCACGCUUUUCAAAGGAUGUCGGAGCUUAUUACUCAAACACCAGAUUUUAAGAGAGAGGUGACACGCAACCAUAUGGAGCAAAGAGGAGCUAAAGUAGUGGAUAAAAAACAAAGUCAUUAUACUUUGAAUGAAUUUUCAAGGUUUGGGCCACCAAAGACUUUUUCUCCUACCAUCGUGCCUCCAGUCCUCCACCCAAACAGAGAAGCCAGCCUGAUAGGAAGCAGCACCACCCAGAACGGUGUAAAGCAGUACCAGCCUAUCCAUUCAAACCAUUACCAAAAACAAGCUAAGAUUUCAGCAAAGACCAACAGCAACAAUGAAUCACAGGGUUUUGCAAACCUCUCAAACACAUCAGGGGCUGUUCCAUUGCUUCCUUCUCAGCAGUUGUUCCGUCCUGCAGCGAGAGUCUCGGCUGAUUUGAGUCUGGGGAACACACUAAAUCAACAUGGUGCGAUAGGCCAGGUCAGUCUUGAGGAAUUAAGGAAAGGAGCGGGAAAUGUGGAUAUUUCAGAUUUUGACCUCCAGCUGGAGCAAAACAGGUUGUCUGCGGGCCUCAUGGUCGAUGGGCGUUUUUCUCCGUGCUUUGGCAUGAAACCUAAACUUCCUGGUUUCCCUAAAGAGGCAGACAAAAGAACAGGACUCCUGCAAAAUCAGUAUCAGGGACUGGGCGGUUUGUACGGAGGACAAAUCAGACACAACGGAGCAAGUUCAAACUCAGCCAAAGCUAUACCAUCACAACUUUUCCCAUUCCUAUACCAGAUGGGUGAUCCCAGAAAAAGCACAUGCCAUCUGAUUCAGUCACAGUCGCCUUACUGCUCUGUGCCUCUCAUCGACAUGAAUAAACGUCUGCCAGAGGGAGAAGUUUCGCCAUUCAGCCCUUAUCUACAAGAAUGCAUUGGGCUCAGCCAAACAUCAGGAGAUGGGUCCUUCUCCGGGUUUCUGUCGGCCAUGACUUUACCUAAGUUUGGCAAGGCGCUCGGAAGCCCCAACAGUCAACUACACUUUUACUUGGAGGAAUGUUACGAGCAGUGGAGGAUGCUGGAAAAAGAGAGAAAGCAAGCAGAAGCUGUUCUUACAAAGACUUACCCGGGGAAACGUGUGUCUGUGGUGACCAGUAGUGUUUUACCUAAAAUGCCUCCAAACCCCUCCAGACUGGACCGCCUCAUUGUAGAUCAGCUGCGUGAACAGGCCAGGGUGGCAGGUUUGCUAGGCAAAAUGGAGCAGUUGCGCAGUUUUCCGCUUCAUGCUAAUAUUGGCUCAGCAUUAGACAGGCAUCUUGAGGUCAUCUACAUCACUCAGGCACGCCGCAAGGACGAAUUCAUCAAUGCCAGCAGCAGACAGAGGCAGCCAGCGGCCUCCUUUAGAGAGGACAGGGAGAUCCUUCUGUUGGCAUCUGCAGUGAAGGACCUCUGCAGCAGCACCAGAAAGGCCCGGACUGCUCUCUGGUGUGCAUUGCAAAUGACUUUGCCCAAAACAAACAGUUACCCAGAGGAGAGAGUCGAGCUGGGUACCUGCUCCCCUUUAGGUCAAGACAGCCCUGAGCAAAGCAGCUUGGAGAGGGCACUGACUGCCCUGUGAUCAAUUUCUGGCAGGUAGACAGUUUUUUUGUGUGUCUUUUGACACACGGUUUAACCUGUCCAAAAAAGUGCAAGAGGUGAUGGGAUUGCAUUUUAAGAAGAGUGAAUGAGUUAUUUAAGUUAUUCCACCAAAGUGAUACGUUAGGCUCAGUUGUGGGCAGCAGAUGGAAUUCUUAGUUCAUUAAUAUUUAUCAGUCUUCUGUGAAAACCACCAAUCAGAUUAUAAUCAAAUUCUCCAAAAGACAUGGAAUUAUGGCAGUAGUACUGAGCUAUUUUGUUUAAGGACCCCAGAAGAACUGCCAGUAUAAACGAGACGUUUUGAGAGAGCAUGAAAGAAUGAUUUAACAGUGACAGAAAGAGAGAUGAAAUUAGAAGAGGGAACUUUUAACUGGCGAAUGGUGAUAAUGGAACAGAAUGUAUGGCAAGAGCAAGAUCUGUGGCUUUGGAGGAUAAUGGGAUAUGUUUGCCCAGUUGACCUAGAAAUGUAUAAAUAGUUGCACAAGAAGCAAAAAUGAUUUGUGUUGAAUUUUUUUUUUUUUUUUUUUUUGACAGUUUAAUUAGUGUCUCCUACAACAUAUUCAAAUCUAAUCUAUUCGAAUCUAAGCUAAUUUUAGUUCCAGUGACACACAUUCAGGCAAAGACAGUAUUUAUGAUCAACAGGACAUGUUCCAGUUGUCCUUUUAUUACUUUACUUAUUUAUGUGCGUGAUUCUUUGGAGUCAGCACUUGGUUUUUAGUGGUCUCACUGAAUUAACAAUGACAAUCACACCUUUCCUAAAUCUGUUUUGUUUAUGGAAAAUUUGAAAGUGAAUUUAUUUAUUUGCAGUUUGUUUAUCUCAAUUCUGAAUUCAACUCCGUAUUCUCUAUAUUUCAAUGUAUGUAUGUGGUCAGUCUGUCUGCGAUGUAACUCAUUUGAGGAUAUAUUGAGUAGCUGAGAGUAACAUCAUUCAUGCACUGAAAUAAAUGAUGUCAACCACGUUACUAGAAAAUGCUACAGAUUGACAUAGUUCAUAUGACGUGUACUCAUAUUGCCUUUGGUUUUUUUGCUUAUGCUUUUGUUCAAGUUUAACAAUUAAACUUACACAACACAAAACCACAGAGUGGAGUGUAAAA